AUGCGUUCCUUCCUCUGGGGCACCUACCUGGUGGCCACUAUAGUCGUGCCUUACUCUCUAGGAAAGCUCACUGGACUGAGGAUUGAUGAUCCUAAAAAACCUGACGCCCUCUACCCGGCUGUCAAACUCAAGGCAAUACUAGCGCCAUUGCUUCUGCUACGACUUGGUUACCCGGAUACUAUCACUGCUUAUUCAAUGGAAGACAAUCAACUGGGUCUGAGACAGGUCUUGAACAUGAGCAUUACUGUGACGGUUGUUGCUGGCAUUCUCAUCAGAUGUUGGAACUACACCAGUUUCACAAUAUUGUACUUCCCGAUGUUUCUCGCCGGUAUCAUCAAGUAUGUAGAAGGGGUAUGGGCUCUCAAGUUCUCACUCGGCUUGAACACUGGCAUCACUGCAAAAGAAAUUGCCGGAGAGGGAAUGGUUCCUCGGUUCCUUGAUGCUUUGCCAAAAAUCGACGGUCUUGAAUUGGUUGUUAAGGCUUAUUACCGUUUUCAUUGCUUAAAGCCUCACCUAGAGGACUGGAUCUACCAUCCCCGAUUUAUUUCUCAUCGCCAACUCUCAAUUGAUCAUUGUUCGCACCAAGAGGCCUUCAGGAUCACCGAAAUCGAGCUAGGAUUCAUGUACGACGUGCUAUACACCAAGGCACCCGUAAUCUAUAUGAAGCUGGGCUUGUUCAUCUGGUUUGUCAGCUUCUUUUGGCUAGUUGUCACCCUAUGCAGGUUCAAUGCUUUGCCGAAGUCGAUCCUGCAUCUAGAUGUGAUCAUGCGCAAUGGCAAGAUGGGCUUCGGUGCUUUCGUGUACUCUUACCAGUACACGAAAUUCACUUUCUGUGUGCUGAUGCUGGCUCUCCUUUUGGUGGCUUACCAGAUCCUGCUGUUACCCUACUCUGAGUGGGCAAUUGUGAAGAUGUCAAAGCGUUCCAAUUGGCCGCUAGUUCCCAUGUUCUUGCAAUUUUUUGCACCCAGGUCCGCGCAUAAGUGGAGGCAGUGGUCGGACUCGAUGUACCAAUUCAAUCUGCUUCACUAUUGCCUGCGACGCGACUGGACGAGGCACAUCAAGUUCCUAAACUUUUGGGGUAUUUAUGAUUACAUUAACUGGAACUGGAGUCUCAAUAGGAUGGGACCUGCGAGCCUCCCUGAGAACUUGAAGGAGAGAGUGUGGGAGGAGUUGAAGGUUUUUGAAAAGGCUCGACGAACACACCCAUUUAGCAAAAGAGGGGAGUGGAGUUUCGAGAGAUACAGUGUCGGCACUGGCGAAGAGAUCCGACGGAGCAUCGAGACAGCAUUCGAUAAGAGCAUUCUCGCAUGGCACAUCGUGACCGAUAUAUGCUACCACCAUCAUUCGGAAGAACAAAUCUUCAGAGAGACAAUACCAUUCAAACGAUGA